AUGUCUGUUGAAUUCUGGCCCAAAAACAAUGGGCUCUCGCCCAGGUCCAAUAACAGCCCGACAGGUUUAUCUAUCUUGCAGAGGAGAAGCAAAAGCCGAGCUCCCCAAAAGAGAACCGAGAGAGCCUUAUCCCCCUCCACCCACUACCCCUCACGAAACCAGAAAACAAACGAACGAACGAAGUAUCAUCACACGCAGCCUCUCGCACGUCCUCUGCCGCUCCUCCCACCCCGCUCAACCCCUCCGACCAGCAGCAACGCCGCUCCUGAACUGUCCUCCUUCUCCUCUUCUCGCUCGCACCCAAAAACUAACCCAUUCCGCCUCCGCUCCCACAAUUUCUCCCCAGCCUCCCUCCAUCUCACGAUAAAACCAUUCAUCCCAUUAACCUCCAAGAGAGUCAGCCUUCGUCCUCCUGCUGCCGUGGCCGAGGCCGAACUCGCUGAAGAUGACACCGACGAAGGCGACGCUGCUGCUGCUGCUGCUGCUCCUGCGACGAAGCCCAAGAAGGGAAAGGCCGCUUUGCCCCUCAAAAGGGACAGGACUCGGUCGAAGAGGUUCUUGGAGGUACAGAAGCUGAGGGAGAGCAAGGAGGAGUAUGAUAUCCCCACGGCCGUAUCCCUUCUCAAGCAAACUGCGAGCACCAAAUUUGUGGAGUCAGCAGAGGCUCAUUUCAGGCUGAACAUUGAUCCCAAGUACAAUGAUCAGCAGCUGAGGGCCACAGUGAAUCUGCCCAAGGGGACAGGACAGACUGUGAAAGUGGCCGUUCUUACUCAAGGUGAAAAGAUCGAUGAAGCGAAAAAUGCAGGAGCUGAUAUAGUUGGUGGAGAAGAUUUAAUACAGGAAAUCAAGGGAGGAUUCAUGGAGUUCGAUAAACUUAUAGCUUCUCCAGAUAUGAUGCCCAAAGUCGCAAGUUUGGGAAAAAUUCUAGGACCACGUGGACUCAUGCCAAAUCCUAAAGCUGGUACAGUCACUACAGAUAUACCUCAGGCUAUCCAAGAGUUCAAGAAAGGGAAGGUAGAGUACAGAGUAGACAAGACUGGGAUUGUUCACCUGCCUUUCGGAAAGGCAAACUUUCCCGAUGAAGAUCUCAUUGCUAACUUAAUGGCAGCAAUUAGAUCUGUGGAAACAAACAAGCCCUCCGGUGCAAAAGGAGUAUACUGGAAGAGCGCGCAUAUUUGCUCAUCGAUGGGCCCGUCAUUAAAACUCAACAUAAAAGGAAUGCUUGACUACAAGCCCUCCGCGACGGUCUAACUAUACUUUUAAUCUGCAAUCUCCAUGUAUACAGCAAGGUCGAUGCUCACAGAGAGAAGACGCUCGAUGAUGAGCGGAGAAACUAAAAGGUCCAAAUUUUUGAUUGAAACAAAAAAAAAAGAAAUAUAUGGAGUAAGCGGUAUGAAUGUAAUCACUCUGUCAGAACCUGUAGCGAGCUGGCUUUAGAAUUUGUGAGAUUAGACUGUGGUUUGUUUAUAUGAUGUGUUAAUGCUUUUGCGAGAUUAUUA